CGAGAUAUGUCUCGUAGGCCUUUCUUUAAUCGAUUUAUUUCCUUGUAAAAAUCGAAAUAAUGUCGUGAAUAUGUUUACAUGUGCAUACCGGUGAUUUUUAAUAGUUAACUCACAGUUGCGACUCUUGCGCACGUGAGUUCGGUUGCGGCAAAAAAUUACAGUGAAAUAAAUAAAAAUACAAAAAUCUUGUCUCUGGAAAAAAAAUGAAAUGAAAUCAUGGAAUUUCAAAUAAAUAGUAAUUAACAGUGAAUAAAUGUAACUGUGUUUUUUUUUUAAGUUUUAAAUAAAUAUUAGUGCUGUGUGCCAUGACUUCCGAAGAAAAAUCAACGAAAACCCAAUUGGACGAUGUUUUGGGCAAGUUUAAAAUGUUUGGGUCAUACCAUGGACAGCUGAUGCUGUUCAUUGGGCUAGCCUACGCCUCAAACUCAGCCUAUUGCUCAAACUAUGUGUUUGCAGUCGAAGAAGUUGGGUAUAGAUGCAAAGAUGAUUCCUUUGCAAAUAACACGUGCGGGUCUAUCAACGGGACAUACUGCAUGGAGUUUGUGUACGACAAGACUGACAGUUUUGUGGCUUAUUUUGAGCUAGCCUGUCAUGACUGGAAGAGAACUUUGGUGGGGACAGUUCAUAGCUUCGCUUACAUGGUUGGUCUACUCUUCGUAGGGCCACUAUCAGAUAGGAUAGGCAGAAAAGCGAUGAUAAUAGUGACAGGUGUAGUGGGCGGAGUCCUGGGCAUCGCCAGGAGUUUUGCCACUUCCUACUGGCUGUACAUCGUGCUGGAGUUCAUGGAGUCAGCCUUCGGAGAUAUAUGCUCACCGGCGUAUAUUUUGAAUAUAGAAAUAAUAGCCACAACAAAACGCGUUCCUUACUACAUGAUAUGCGGCAUCGGCUACUGCGUCGGCGGAAUCUUAAAGGCUUUCAUAGCCUGGAUGGUGCCUUCCUGGAGAAACUUCUUACGAGCCCUCUAUGCCCCAGCAUUACUCUUCUUCCUCUAUAUCUACCUCAUAGACGAGAGUCCAAGAUGGCUGCUAAUAAAAGGCAAGAAAGAAAAAGCUGUAGCUAUCAUAGAGAAGAUUGCAAAGAAAAAUAAAGUGAAGGUAGACCAAAGGGUCUUGGACAAUCUUGUUUGCGAUACCGAUAAAGAAGAGAAUGUGGAGUUUGGGACUGUUUUGAAGAGUACUUUUACUUCGUCUGCUUUGUUUAAAAGGUUCAUAGUCUGUGUGAUAUGGUGGACGACUUCUACUUUUGUAAACUACGGAAUGACGAUAACUUCAGUAUCUUUGGAAGGGAAUAUGUACUUGAAUUAUGCGUUAAUGACGCUUAUUGAGUUACCUGGCAGUUUUAUAGCCAUGUAUGUGCUCAUGAAGUUUAAGAGAAAAUUCCCGUUGAUUGCCAGCUUUUUGCUGGCUGGUGUGUUUUGUAUUGGCCAGCCAUUUUUACCCACAAAUAUGGUGUGGCUUUCCAUAACGAUGUUCAUGGUGAGCAAGCUGAUGGCGACCCUAUACUUUACUAUAACGUAUAUGUAUACUUCGGAACUGUUUCCUACGUAUACGAGGAAUUCUAUGCAUGCGUUAUGUUCGUCGCUGGGAAGAGUGGGGUCUAUUGUAGCACCGCAGACGCCUUUACUGACGGUGUACUGGGACGGUUUGCCAUCACUUGUGUUCGGGAUUUCAUCUCUCAUAGCAGGGUUAGCGACGUUCCUCGUCCCCGACAUCUCCAACGACGCAUUACCCGACACCGUAAAAGAGGCUGAAGCAAUAGGUUGUCAAGAAAAAACAAUAACAACGAAGGAAAAUAAAAUUGAUUCUAAUCUAAGUGUUGUUAAUAGAAGUUUUGAUUGGAAAGAGUAGCUAAAAUUAUUGAGAGGAAUAAAUUAAUGUUAUAUUGCGGUACAAUAAUAAAUUAUUUUUUUACAAUG